UGCCCGCCUGCCAGCAUCUUUGGCAGCAGACAAUCACGGGUCUUGUUCGAAGACAUUGUCUCGUCUAUCUCGUUAAUGGGCAUGAGGAUGCUAUUCAAGCGAUUUAACGCCUCUUAUCGAUAAGCAAUUUGUUGAUGUAGAUGUUUUCCGGGACACUUAAGCAUAAGUUGACGCGUGUUACACAUUAUUUGUUUUUUUUUUAAGAAGCCUACGAUGACUGGAGUUUUUGAUAGUCUAGGUACAGAUAUGCAUUCGAACCACAUUACCUCAAACAGCUACCACAGCUUGCAUAAAUCGCAGGAAUCACCAACUUUACCAGUGUCUACAGCGACGGACAGCAGCUACUACAACAACCAACAAUCCGGACACUGCGGAGCAGCGCCUUAUGGACAACUUGGUUCUUAUCAGUAUCACAACAGCGAUAUCAACAAUGUUAUAUACGACACCAAAUCGUACGACGCCGGUUAUAGCACACAUUACGGUACCUACAGUUCCUUUGGUUCCAAUUCUUCGCCUCCACCGACAGAUUCAGUUAAAGAAGAACGCGAGCCCGAAAUCCGGAUGGUCAACGGGAAGCCAAAGAAAGUGAGGAAGCCCAGAACCAUCUAUUCUAGCUUCCAACUUGCUGCUCUUCAACGUAGGUUCCAGAAGACGCAGUACUUGGCUUUACCUGAAAGGGCCGAGCUCGCAGCUUCGCUUGGUCUCACACAGACUCAGGUAAAAAUUUGGUUUCAGAACCGCCGAUCGAAAUUCAAGAAGUUAUGGAAAAAUGGAGAAAUUCCUCCGGAUCAACAUGUGGCUUCCAGCGAGUCUCCCCCCAGCAGCUCCCCGCCGUCAUCGGUCACCUGGGACUAUGCUCAGGAUCAAAGAAUGAACAGCGUUAGCUCGAGUAUGGCUACGAGCAACCCCAGCACGACACCCCCUUCGUUUUUAGCUAAUUAUUCCUGGUACUCAUCCACGAACUCCACGCAACUGCAGGCGAACUCUGUGCUACAGCACCAUCAUAGCUCCCCAGUGAGCGCGGGGCCGAUAUUUUAAAACGGGUCAGUGACUGUAUCAUCGCCAGAGAAAUAAAACUUGUCGAUGUCGCUAACUACUUCUGCAUUUGGAUAUCAAAUCCGUAAACGAAUGUUUAAGGACAGAAGUGAAAAAGAAAGAAAGAAUGAAUGAAAAGCCAAGCGAUGUUUUGGUGUAUGUGCCAGUUUCUAAAAAUAUUGCUGAAAAGAGCAUGUAACGUAUUUUGGAGGAAAGGGGGGAAUUAAAUUAUAUUUUUGUGAGUUUAUUUAUUGUAUUUCUUUCGGGAACGAUAAUAGUAAAACAGACGCACAUGUAUGGAUCACUAAUAGCCAAAGUACUUAUGACAUGCAUUUCACGGGUGGAAAUAUUUCAUUCAUAACUCAAGUAAAAUAGUUUUGCACCACAAACAACAAAUCUAAUGUAGCAGACGUCGAAGUGUAUAGGUGCCUUUUGAAAAUGACCUCAAAUAUUUGUCGAACAUAAAUGUUUUGUAUGCCGAUGUUGGAUAACGGAGCUGUUUUCCUUAUCUAUACGUUAUAUAUUUGUAUAUAAGGUAAGUGGAGAAUAUUGGAAAAUGUUUGUAUGGAAUGUGAAGAAAUUUGGAGUUUUUUCACUUGAUUUUUUUAUAUCCGGAAUUGCUGGUUUUUCUAGAAUGUCGCGUUUAUAUGCGUGGAAGUUUUCAUUUUGUGUUUAAUUAAAGGAGCGAUUCCGUUCAUAAA